GAAACCACUGGGGAAGUCACUUUUCACAAUAAGUAGUACUGUGAAACGGUAACACACACCACAGUCUAAUCUCUGAAGUCUGAAGAGGACUAGAAGCUCAAGAGGAUAAACCACAAGGUAAGAAAACCUCAAAUCAAUCUGUUGCUGGUUGGAGUCCUUAUUGCCAAAACAUUAGAUGACCUUAAGUUACAAUAUAUGAAGUUGAAUCAAUAGUAUAUUUGUGACAUCAUACUGAUAGUAAGGAUAUUUGGUUGUCUGAAAGAUGCUUUCUGUAUGCUAGAGCUAGACUUAACAUGACACAAAGGAAGAUUUAAUGUUGACCAGUAAUGACAACAAAUCUGGUGAAUUCGACUGAGGAAAUACUAUUUUUUUGAAUAUUUAGGAGCCAUUCUAAAAGGCACACAUCCAACUUCUGGACCUGGUGGCUGUGUGAUAGACAAGAUAUGAUCGUAAACAAGAACAUAUUGAUCUGUAUUCUGAAAAUAAUGAAAUAAACCAAACUUGAUGAGAAUAAAUUAUUUUGUAAAAUCAUAAAUAGCAACACAUUGAGCAAAGCCUUUGAGUAAUGCCAGAAAGGGGAAACUGUGGGAUUUAUGGACAUCUUGUGCCUCUUGCGCUCUUCCGCAGUUCGGCCCCAUUGCCCCGUCACCUCUCUAAUCUCACUAUGAUUUCAGCAUCGGCUUGCCUCAUGAAUUAUUUGCCCUGUCCAAUCGCGUCUCAUUUUACGCUGCCAUUAUGCCCGGAUUCUCUGCUCUCUCACCUACCAUCCUUUCCCUUUUGUCUUCCUCUAAUGGACCCACCACACCCCCCUUCUUGCCUUUCUUUUGACCCCAUCUCUCCUUCCCCUUCAGUGUACCCCUUCAAGUCCGCUCAAUGUUUUUUUGUUCUUGCUCUUCGUGUUUGUCAUCCUUUUCUUCUUCGCUUUUCUCUCCGGAUACUCUUCAUUCCUUUUCUGGCCCUCGUCGUUAAUCUGAAAUGUAUUUGAUGCGGCUUUCCUUUCAUCAUAAUUAUUUUCCUAAUUACUUCCAGCUUUGACACAGCGCUUUCUUUCGCGUUCUUGGACUCCCCUACCAGCUCGCCCUACCUGUUGACCCCUCUCAUCUGCCCCGGCAGGAUGCUUCCUCUCCGGGCUGUGCCGGGUCAGUUUGGCCCGGAGGUCCGCGAGCCGGGGCUGCGCGCGUGGAGGGUGGAGAAGAUGAAGGCCGUGCCUCUUGAGUCGGAGCGGCUGGGGGUGUUCUUCAACGGGGACGCCUACCUGGUGCUGAGCAACCGCGGAGAGGAGGGAGCGGACCUGCACAUGUGGAUGGGAGAGAAGUCCUCACGGGAUGAGCAGGGGGCGUGUGCCAUGCUGGCCAUCCAGCUGGACCACUUCCUGGGCGGACACCCAGUCCAGCACCGGCAGGUCCAGGGCUACGAGACACUCGAGUUCAUGAGCCUCUUCCCCAACGGAGUCAGCUACAAGGAGGGUGGUGUGGAGUCUGGCUUUAGGAGGGCCCAGAGGGCUUCUGGUCUGGUCCACCGUCUCUACCAGGUCAAAGGGAAGCGCAAUGUCCGAGCCAAGGAGGUUGAGCUGAGCUGGAAGAGUUUCAACAAAGGGGACUGCUUUGUCUUAGAUCUGGGGGAGACCAUUGUAUCAUGGAGCGGAUCAAAGGCAAACAUGUUUGAGCGUCAGAAGGUACGGGAAAUCGCUGCACUCAUACGUGACACGGAGAGAAACAGCAAAGCCCAAAUCAUCUAUGUCAGAGAGGGAGAGGAGCCACUGGAAAUGGUUGAGGUUCUUGGACCUAUUCCACGUUUGGGAGAGAGUACACCAGAGGAUGACACCCAGACAGACGUGUUGAACUCAGCCACUUUGUACAAGGUGUCUGAUGCCACAGGAUCCAUGGCACUGACCAUGUUGUCUGACAAAUGCCCUUUUUGUCAAGAGCUACUAGAAAGAGACGACUGCUUCAUACUGGACAAUGGCUACAACGGCAAAAUAUAUGUCUGGAAAGCAGGGCAUGGAGCCAACUCUGAGGAGAAGAUGAUGUCUCUGAAAAUAGCUGACCAAUUUAUCCAGCGGAUGAGCUAUCCCUUGGAAACACAGGUGGAAAUUCUCCCUCAGGGCCGCGAAUCAAUCCUCUUUAAGCAAUUUUUCAAAAACUGGAGUUAAAAAAAAAACUGGAGUGACAUACAUACACUGAACUGGAGGGACACAAAAUGGAAACUGGAGUGACAAAAAAACAGAUCGAUAGUCUACUCUAAACUAUAGAUCUAUCAGUGCUAAUAGUCUAAACUAUAGAUCUAUCAGUCCCAAUAGUCUACUCUAAACUAUAGAUCUAUCAGUGCUAAUAGUCUAAACUAUAGAUCUAUCAGUCCCAAUAGUCUACUCUAAACUAUAGAUCUAUCAGUCCCAAUAGUCUACUCUAAACUAUAGAUCUAUCAGUGCUAAUAGUCUAAACUAUAGAUCUAUCAGUCCCAAUAGUCUACUCUAAACUAUAGAUCUAUCAGUGCUAAUAGACUAUGAUAGGCACCACUUUUGUCUAUUAUUAUCUAAUCAAAGCCAAUAGUUCACAGUUUGUAUAUUGAUGUGUCUCCAACAUCUCUGGGGCUUCCUUAUGUAUUUACUGAUGUACAAUUAGAAAAAUGUUGAUAAAACACUGUGGUUGUACUAAAGUAUAAGAAAUCCAUUUACUUCUUCUUGGUUGAGAAACAAGAUAAACAGCCUUGGAUCCUGAUCCUAUCAUCACCAACAGAAUCAAUCACCACCAUCUUUCUAAACAAUAUUUUAGCUAAAGCUAGAAAAACAUAAUAAAGAAUACAAAAGGGAAAAUGUCAGAAGUACAUUUUCUUAAAGCAGAUCAUUGAUCCUUGGUAAGUAGGCUAUCCUGUUUUACUGCAUAUCCUGACUUAAGGCCCAAAUGUUGGCACCGACUACUGUAGAUAGCAACUUUAGACAGAGGGCAGGCUUAUUGACCAUAAACAGCCUUCCCGUAAUUCACUAGAAUGACCACGGUGCCAGCGAUGCUAAGGUCACAGUUUUAGUUUCCACAGAAUUGAAAAAAAAAGUUUUUACUGAUGCUGACACUGAGUCAGUUCUCCAUAAGUAUAAGUAUAUACAGUACCCUCCAGAAUUAUUGGCACCUCUGCUAAA